AUGGGCAAAACCCUAGAGAUGACAGCACCUUCCAGGAACUGCGGGUCCCCGGCUGGAGCGGGCACCGGGCAGGAGGAGGUGAGCAGAGGAGUCCCCAGAGGGACCCGGGGCCGCGUCGGGCCCCGCCCGCGAGCCCUGCUGCAGAGUAUGGACUUCAUCCUGGGGGAAACGGGGAGCCCUGGAGGAGUCCUGGUCCGGUACGGUCACCAUGGGCUAAGGGCUGCGGGCUGUUCCCCGGCUGCCACCGAAGACCGGACGGGAGCGGAGGCCGGGAAGCUCGCCCAGGUGUCCCAGCGGGCCAGAGGACGCCUGGGAAAAGGCAAAGGCGUCUGGGAAACGUUUAGGAAGCACGACUGGGCUACGGGCUGCUGCAGCUGGCUCGGGUGGCUGGCCGGGCGGCCGGGGGCCGCGCGUCCCCAGCAGGAUGGGCGCCCACCCCACGUCGGACGUCUGGAAGGACGGGGGACAGCGCUCUCCGGGGUGGGGGACGCCGGCUCACGGUCCCCACGGCCUCGGAGGCCUCCGGCUGGGCCCGCGGCCGCCCUAGGAGUGCGGGGUCAGAGGGCGUCCGCCCGGGCUGCCCCGGCCUCGCAGCCCGGCCCGGCCCUCCAAACCGUCGCCCCUGCCCGACACUCACCGCAGCGGCCCGCGCCCCCCGGCCCCGGGGCGGCGCUCCAUGGCUCCUGGCCGCCCGCCCGCGCGUCCGUGGAUCCCUCAGCGCCCCGGCCCGGCCGCCCGCGCCGCUGCCAUUUACUCGCGGGCGGAAGUGAGCCUCGCUCCCGCCACCGCCCCGGAUGUGACGUGCCGUGCCGUGCGCAGGGGCGGACGCGACGCGCGCCCGGAGGUGGGGCCUGGGCCGGGGGCGGAGCUGGCUCGGCGGUGGGCGGGGUCGCGCGGGUUCCAGCCUGGGUUCUCCGCGGACUCGCCGUCGUUCGUUCUUCCGUUCCAGGUCCCGGAUUAGGGGCUCAGCCGCCACCUCCUCCAGCCCUGGGACGGCUGCCCUGGGGUGCACCAGGGUUGCUCUUCCUCCGCUGCCCUGCUCAAGACUCCCAGCAUCAGCUGAGGUUCUCAACUAGGCCCGGCUCCUGCCCAUUUCCUCAGAUUCCUUGUGACUUCUUGGAGCAGGAAAAAGGCCUAUCAGCAGCCUCUUUCCUCCAGCUGCGUCUUCCACGCCUUCUUCCCCAGGGCUGGAAAGGACCAAAGCCCGGCUUCACCCGCACCAGUGUGACUCCAGAGAACAGUGGCAGAUACAGGGCGAAGGUGGACUGAGCCCAGGAGGCAGGUGUUCCCAGCUGUCCCCCAUGCUGUCUGAUGACCUGCACCCCCAGCAUGAGGAUAAGUCCCCAAUCCAUAGGUCAGCCUUUGCAAGGCUGCAGGGGGCUUCCCUGCACGCUCUUUGGAAUACCAGUGACCUCAGACCGUCUGGACCCUAUGCUUCUCCUCUCAUGACUUGAGCCUCUCAAUACAUCUGCAAAAUAACUUAGCAAAAUAACUUAGGAAUCAGUGGUCUUAAAAAUGCUCCCAACCUGGAGUCCGGAAUUCUAGCCCUGCACUGUGCACUUUGGAAGCUAUUAGCUCUGUGAGGCUAUUUAACUGUAAAUGAAUGGGUUAAAAAUAAAACUUAAAAAUCA